UCUCCCACAGACACAAAUACACAAAACACAUCUCUUUCUUUUAGCCUUUUUUUUUUUUUUUAAUCUCUUUUAUUCGUUUGAGUGACAUUCAAGGACUGAAUUAUCAUCAUUACAUGUCCUUCGGCACCAAUCUACUUUUCUCAACCUUUGCUUCCUUAUAUGUUAUAGUACAAGACACCCCAUUAAAGAUUUCUCCAACAACAUUUCUGGGUAUUCUUUUUUCUGACUCUAAUUCUUGAUCUGGGUCUCCUCCAACUUGUGUGUUCCAUUUUCUUGUCUGACUAGAUUUUCUCAUGGAAAAGGAGAACAUGACACAACCCAAUUGGGCUAGUUCCACAUUUGGCAUGGAAAUCCAACCCAAUGAACUGAAUUAUGCUCCCGACCAACUUACCAACUGCUUUUUCAAUCCCAAUUGGGAUAAUUCAGUGGAUCAGAGCGAUCCCUUUGAGUCUGCCUUAAGCUCCAUUGUGUCUUCCCCGGCGGCCUCCAAUGCCGGUGCUAUUCCUGGCGGUGGUGGCGAUGGUCUAAUGAUCAGAGAACUAAUUGGAAGACUAGGAACUAUAUGCAACUCCGGUGAUAUUUCACCACAGAAUUACAUUGCAGGCCACAACAACAACAACAAUAGUACUAACACUUCUUGUUAUAGUACCCCUUUGAAUUCCCCUCCCAAGCUCAACCUCUCAACGAUGGACUCACAGAUCAGAGGGAAUCUGCCAAUUCCCGGUAACCAUCCAAGUUUGGCACCCAUUUCACCCGACCCUGGAUUUGCAGAAAGGGCUGCAAGAUUUUCAUGCUUUGUUAGCAACACAAGUUUUAUGGGAUUGAAUGAGACUGAAUUGCCUUAUAGAUUGAUGCCAAGAGUGGAAUCAGGCAAGCUGUCCAGAGUUGCCAGUAACCAGUCAUUGAAGCUUGCUACUGGAUCUCAGAUGGGCGUUCAGGAAAACAACAGGAGCUCCCCACAGGAAGCAAAUUUAGCUGCAGAUAAGAAAUUGAGUAGGUUAUCAAGGUCUUCCACUCCUGAAAAUGCUGAAUUGGGUGAUUCCAGGGAGGGAUCUUCUGUGUCUGAACAGAUCCCAGGUGGGGAAGUGAGUAACAAAGUUGACACUGAGACCAAUGGCAGGAAAAGGAAAUCCAUUCCCAGGGGAAAAGCUAAAGAAACUCUCAGUCUCACUACUCCCUCAGCUAAAGAUUCCAAGGCUGCUCUGGACAACGUCGAAUCGAAUGCAAAAAGAAGCAAACAAGACGAAGAUGCUGGAAAUGAGAAAGAUACUGCAAAGGGAAAGACGGAGCCAAAAACUGCAGGGGAUGUGAAUCAGAAACAAAACAAGGAUAAUUCAAAGCCUCCAGAGCCACCAAAGGACUACAUCCAUGUCAGAGCCCGGAGGGGCCAAGCUACAGAUAGCCAUAGUCUUGCCGAAAGAGUACGAAGAGAGAAAAUUAGUGAAAGGAUGAAGUUCCUGCAGGAUCUUGUUCCUGGUUGCAAUAAGGUCACCGGGAAGGCUGUUAUGCUGGAUGAAAUUAUAAACUAUGUGCAGUCAUUGCAGCGACAGGUUGAGUUCCUUUCAAUGAAAUUGUCAACUGUGAAUCCGAGGAUGGAUCUCAACAUGGAUGCUCUUCUUUCCAAGGAUAUAUUUCAAUCUCGUGGAGCUUUGCCACAUACCCUUUACCCAAUAGAUUCUGCGAUGCCGGCUUUCCCUUUUGGAUACCAGCACCAGCAAGUGCCAUCCUUGCAUAGUGGCGUAGGUAAUGGGACAGAGAACCAAUUCCCAGUGAACUCUUUGAAUGCUGCACUGCGUCGAAAUCCAAGUGCACAAUUGCCUCCUAUAGAUGGAUUUGGUGAAGCCACCCCAGAAGUUUCAGCACUCUGGGAGGACGACCUCCAAAGUGUGGUUCAGAUGGCUUUUGGCCAGAACAAGAAGCAGAGCUUUCACGGCUCAAUGGCUGCAGCACAGAUGAAAGUUGAGCUGUAAAUUAGCACUAAUGGACAGUCCAUUAAAUUCAAUUGAGGCCCCCAGGAGAAAGAGAGAGAGAGAGGCUUCUGUACAUAAAGAGCAACUCCAGUUUGAGUGAAUUCUUCUUAGCUUGGUGAAGGAGAACCACCUCCUUUUUAAUUUAGUGUCUUUUUUUUUUGGGAAAUCUUUAUGGCAACUCAUUCUUUUGGUGAAUUCUUUCAAAGAAUUUCACAUUGUAAUUUCCUAGAACUAAUUGCAGCAUUCUGUAAACCACAUAUAAAUUGUAGGAUGGUCCAUGGUUGAAAAAUUGAAAGGAGAGAGGGGAGUUUUUUCACCUUUCAGAAAUACUUAUCAUUGAUGAUUAUUAAUUUAGACCCUAUAUGACAAA